GUCUCGCGGGAUCACGUCAGUCUCGCGGGGAGUGGCGCCACGUGGCUCAGCGCCAGCGCACUACUUACUUCGUGGGCCUGACGGGCGUUGGGCGCCGCUAACUCCGGCUCUUGAGGACGACGACGAUGCUGGGCGCAGCGGGCACUCUCGUGGGGCGUGGGCCGGCGCGCCGGGCGCUCCGUGGCUUCUCGCGAGCCGCCACCUUCGCCAUCAAGCCCUGCGACCUCUACCGCCUGGAGGAGGGCCCACCGGCCACGGCGGAGCUGAGCCGCGAGGACGCGCUGCGCCUCUACCGCAGCAUGCAGAAGGUGCGCCGCAUGGAACUCGCAGCCGACCAGAUGUAUAAGCAGAAGUUGAUCCGAGGCUUCUGCCACCUGUGCGAUGGGCAGGAAGCGUGCUGCGUGGGGCUGGAGGCGGGCAUCACGCCGUCGGACCACGUCAUCACAUCCUACCGGGCGCACGGCGUGGCCUUAGCGCGAGGGCUGUCGGUGCGCGCCAUCCUGGCUGAACUCACAGGGCGCCGCAGUGGCUGCGCGAAGGGCAAGGGCGGCUCCAUGCACAUGUACGCGCGCCACUUCUACGGCGGCAACGGCAUCGUAGGCGCGCAGGUGCCCCUGGGCGCGGGCGUGGCAUUGGCCUGCCAGUAUCUAGGCACUGGCAGCGUGUGCUUGACGAUAUACGGUGAUGGCGCAGCCAACCAGGGCCAGGUGGCCGAGGCCUUCAACAUGGCGGCGCUGUGGAAGUUGCCCUGCGUCUUUAUUUGUGAGAACAACCGCUAUGGCAUGGGCACCUCGGCAGAGCGCUCGUCGGCCGCCACCGAGUACUACAAGCGCGCCUACUUCCUGCCCGGCCUGCGCGUAGAUGGCAUGGACGUGCUUUGCGUUCGCGAGGCCACUCGCUUCGCUGCUGACCACUGUCGCUCAGGGAAGGGCCCGCUGGUGAUGGAGCUGCUGACCUACCGCUACCACGGGCACAGCAUGAGCGACCCGGGCAUCAGCUACCGCUCCCGGGAGGAGGUGCAGGCCGUGAGGAGCAAGAGUGAUCCCAUCAUGCUUCUGCAGGAGAAGAUGGUGAGCAGCGAUCUCAGCAGUGUGGAGGAGCUGAAGGAGAUCAACUCCGAAGUGAAGAAAGAAGUGGCAGAGGCGGUCCAGUUCGCCACCUCGGAUGCAGAACCAUCUUUGGAUGUUUUAGGCCACCAUAUCUACUGCAGCAACCCACCGUUUGAAGUUCGUGGUGCUAAUCAGUGGAUCAAGUUUAAAUCCAUCAGUUAAAGGAGAUGAUAUGAAACUUAUAAAUCUUCAGUAGGAAGCUCCGGUCAGCUUUAGGAAACAUCGUUAAGGGAUAGUAAAAAGAAAACCCUUGUAAGAGUGUAUUGAAAUAGACUAAUAAGUUAUUAAAAGUUGAAGAAUGUACAUGCAGUUUAAAGAGAUAUUCAAUGGCGUGUUGUAUUAAAAUGCUAUACUGUUAAUCA